AUGUUCCAUUCUCGAAACCUUCUGUCUGGUUUUGUUCUCCUCCUAUAUUAUUCAUCAAUAUGCGUCGAAGCCUUCGAUCUACUUCGUCGUCACUUUGCCAGUAUCCCUCGAACUCCGCUGCGACCGGAUGAUGAUCCCGGCGAGCCACUCUUCCUUACACCUUAUUUAGAAACAGGUCAAAUUGAUCUAGCCCGUAGCUUGAGUCAAGUACAUUUACAACCAGCUUAUUCUUCUCCAUCGUAUUCCGGCUAUUUAACUGUCAAUAAGACAUGUAAUAGUAGCCUCUUCUUUUGGUUCUUUCCUGCUCAAAAUGGUCAUAUUGAUUCACCGCUACUUGUUUGGUUACAAGGUGGACCUGGUGCAUCAUCUCUCUUUGGUCUUUUCUCCGAACAUGGCCCUAUUCAAGUGGACGAAGUCGGGCAACUCCAUCCGCGUAAUAUCACUUGGAAUUCCAAAUAUCAUCUUCUCUUUAUAGAUCAACCAGUCGGCACUGGUUUUAGUUUUACUGCUGACGAUCUAUGUUAUGUGCACACCGAAGAUGAAGUAGCACGCGAUCUCUAUGCGAUGCUCAUUCAAUUCUUUCAAAUCUAUUACGAAUAUGCUUCGUGUGAUUUCUAUGCUACUGGCGAGUCGUAUGGUGGCAAAUAUGUACCAGCCAUUGUCUACAAAAUUCAUACAGAAAAUCCUCAAGCCAAAUUGAAAAUCAAUCUGAAAGGGAUGGCCAUUGGUGACGGUUUGGUUGAUCCUUAUAAUCAAUGGGAUUAUGGACCAGCUAUGUAUCAAAUGGGUUUGAUUGAUCAACGACAACUAGAAUAUGUUAAUUUAUUGACAGCACUGGCGCGUGAAGCGAUUCGUCAAGGUCAAUAUCAACAAGCUUACUCUAUUUUUGGCGAUCUGUUCGAUAAUAUCUAUCCUAAUAAUACCGGUAUGAUUGAUGCUGAAAAUUAUCUUCGCACAGAUUUUCCAGAGAAGUUAUUCUAUUACAUUCCUUGGGUGACAGCAAGUGAACAUCGUCGUCAAUUUCAUGUGGGCAAUAUGACAUAUAAUGAUGGUGAAAAGGUACAAAUCGGUCUCCAAGAUGAUGCUAUGCAGUCGAUUGCAAGCAAAGUAGCAAUGAUUGCCAAUAGUAACUAUAAAGUUUUGAUUUACACUGGAUUACUUGAUGUUAUUAUACCCUCCUCGGUAACAAUGAAUUGGGUUGAUAAACUCCAAUGGAACUAUGCCGACCAGUUGCGUAGUGCUGAACGCAUCAUUUGGAAAGUGAAAGAAGACGAUCGAGAGGUAGCUGGUUAUCUGAAACAAGCACAUUCUUUCUUUGUGGCUUGGGUCCGUAAUGCUGGUCACUCGGUUCCCUAUGAACAACCGCGUGCAGCCUUUGAUCUCAUCGAUCGUUUCAUUUCUGAUUCAUAA